GUAGGACCCAAAGAGCUCAGUUUAGCUCCGAUUUACGUAGCCAGUUUAUUAUUAUUUCGGUAAAAUCUUACGUAGUGAUGCUUUCGUUCCGCUUGUUUUAAGCCGACUGCGAGAUGACCUCUUGGAGAAGAAGAAUCUUCCGGAGGUUUAUUAUUAAAGACAUUUUGACAUGAAGUGUAUCUGUAACGUCACCUAAAACGUCAUUUGAAUGGUUUAAUUUUUUUUCCAAACGACAACAAACAAGUACGUCGUUCCUGAGAUCAUCUUGCUGUGAUCUAACCUUUAACGGGGAUGCCUAAUGCCAGCGCAAGGCCAAAGCACGGUGGCAGGAGGACCCGAAGACGGCGCCGAGAGGACCCGGCAAGGAAUCAACUGGUGUCCAGCUCGCUGGAAAGCGCCCAGCAGUGCCUCUUCAGUCAAGACUAUGGGCCCGCAUUUGUGCACUACCUCUUGGUCCUCAACCUGGCACCAGAGUUCAAGGACUUUGCUAAGGAGUCCUUUCGCUUCACACUCUUUAAGUGGGCCGAGGAGCUGGACUCGGCAGGCCGCAUUCAGGACCUGUUCGGCUGCUACGAGCAAGCGCUGGAGCUCUUCCCUGCAGAUGAGGUCAUUCUAAACAGCAUGGGCGAGCACCUCUUCAGAAUGGGCUUCCGAGAUGAAGCGGCGGGCCAUUUCUUCAAAGCCCUGAAGCUGAAGCCGGACUUCUCAGAGGCCAGGGAAAACUUCUACCGUGUGGCCAACUGGCUGGUGGAGCGUUGGCACUUCCUGAUGCUCAACGACCACGGCCGCAACCGCAAGUACCAGCAGGCCAUCCAGAAGGCGGUGCGUGGCGGUUGCACCACCGUGCUGGACAUAGGUACCGGCACGGGGAUCCUCGGCAUGUGCGCUAAGAAGGCGGGGGCCGCCGAGGUUUACGCUUGCGAGCUUUCCAAGACCAUGUACGAGCUGGCUUGCGAGGUGGUGGCCGCCAAUGGGAUGGACGGAGGCAUCCGCAUCCUCCACAUGAAGUCCUUGGAAAUGGAAGUGCCAAAGGACAUCCCGCAUAGGGUUUCGCUGGUGGUGACGGAGACGGUAGACGCCGGCUUGUUUGGAGAAGGCAUCAUCGAGAGCCUCAUCCAUGCCUGGCGCCACCUGCUGCUGCCUCCGCAGAGGGGUGAGGCUGCAUCCCGAGACCCUUCUGCGACUGGGCGGGUCAUCCCCGCCAGUGCUACUGUAUUCGCCAUGGCUGUGGAGUGCCUGGAGAUCCGGCGACAUAAUAAGCUUUGCGUGUCCGACGUCGGCGGUCUUUCAUUGGCGGCAGCUGAGCACCUGCGCAGUCCGGUGAGCUGCAGCACCGAACCGGACGACUCCAUGGAACCGUACACCACCGAACGACUCAGCAGGCUGCCCGGAGGCUACUCGGCCCUCACCGAGCCGCUCACCGUGCUCCACAUCGACUUCAACCACGUGCAGGAGCUGGAGGGGCUGAGCUCCAGGCCGGUGCAGCGGGUGCACCUGCCGGUGGUACGGGACGGCGAGUUGGAUGCGCUGGCUGUGUGGUUCCAGUUGCACCUGGAUGAAGAAAACAGCUUGUCAACGGGACCCCACGAGGACACCUGCUGGGAGCAGGCCAUCUACCCCGAACACACGAGCAAGGGUUUUGUCCUAAAAAGCGGCGAUGAACUGAUCGUAGAAGUGUCCUGCCUGGACGCCUACCUGAGGCUUUGCAGCGUGGCUGUCCUACGAGGCGGUCAGGAAAUAUCUCUGAGCAUGUUUCCGGACCCUCGCGACGCCGGCGACUUUGCCCCCAAUGCGGAAGCGGAACUGUGCAGUGCCCUGGCGUCACUCCAAACACGGCAAAACCAAGACGUCUGCAUGCUGGAGUGCUCGGAAAUGGCGCUCUUGAACAAUUCCGACUACCAUCGGAGCUUUGCCGCCGCCUUGUCUAAGCUCAUCAGCCGCUUGAAGGCCCAAUCUCAAAACCUGGAGGCCUCCGCUGAUGUCUUGAAGGAACCCUGCCCCGCGGACCCUCUGUACGUUUUGGACGUGUCGGAAGGCUUCUCCAUGCUGUCCCUCAUCGCUGCCAGCCACGGCGGAGUGAAGGCCUACAGCUCGGUGGAGAAGCGCAAGCAGCAGGACGUGCUGGAACGCCUGGCGCGCGCCAAUCACGUUCCCGAGGGGAGUUUAGAGUUCUGGCUUAACCACGGCGAGGACGAGCAGGGGGCGCUGCAGAGACCCUCGCGUGAGAAACUUUGGAGCGCCAUCUUCUUGGAUUGCGUGGAGACGUGUGGGCUCGUCAGGCAGAAGCUGAUGGAGAAGGCGUCUCUGGCCAGAUGUCUGCUGGAGCACGGCGGUCGCGUCUUCCCGCACAAAAUGGUGGUGCUUGGUGUGUUGGUGGAAUCAGACACGCUGCUGCUGGAGAGCGCCGUCCAGGGCCGCGAAGCCACGCUCGGCUUCAACAUCGCGCCGUUCAUCAACCAAUUCACUGUGCCGGUCCACGUGUUCCUGGAUUUCUCCACGUUGGCGUGUCGACACCUCAGUGAACCGACAGAGCUCUUUGUUCUAGACCUCAUGGAUGCUAACGCUAACUAUGAGGUCAGAGAAAUCCAGGUCCAGGUAACGUCAUCGGGCAGAAUCACUGCAGUGCCCUUCUGGUACGACAUCCACCUGGACGAAGAUACUCGAGUCAGCACACUGGCUCCAAACUCUCACUGGAAGCAGGCCGCCGUGGUCUUGCAGCGCCCCCACUUGGUGGCAGCUGGGGAGAGAGUCCGGCUCACCGUCAGGCUCCGCAACAGCAGCAUCUCCAUAGAGGUGCGAAAAGACGAGUGAUGUUCCAACAGUGUGGCCAUGACCAGUGUUAUCUGGUAGGUUGACUGUUUUUAAAUAGUGCCGUUUGGCCUUUUAAUGUCACGUCCUUGUUUAAAACCAGCAACAAAAAUCUACAUUUUAAUAAUAAAUACAGAAGGGAAAAUAUCAACAUUACUGUCUUAUUAGAAACAAACCACAAUUAGUGCUUUAUUGUUGGUUUUAUUGAGAGAAAAAAAAGAAAGCUGUGGAAGGCAUUAGAAUUAAUGGCCACACUCAAAAAGGCAA